UCCCUGUUGAAGCUGCACGCAAUCGCCGAGAGGUACAAGGACCCGGAGAUGAUGGACUUUUUGGAAUGUGAAUUCUUGAAAGAGCAGAUUCGCUCAAUAAAGCAGUUUGCAGACUACCUGACUGAAGCAGAGCGAGUCGGGCCCGGUCUUGGCGAGUAUCUCUUAGACAAACUCACCCUGAAGGAAUGA